AUGACAGUCACAUGAUCUAUUUAAGUAGAGUCACAUGAUCUAUCAUUUGUAGCCAUUUUGAAAAAAGUAAACAAAGUUGAGCACAGAAGCCUCUCACUUUAGAAGCAUAAUGUGGCAAAUAUACACUUUAACAUGUUUAAUUAUUGCUGUAAAUGGAUGUGAUAUACCUCCAAGAAUGUGGUGUGACUCCUUAGAAACUGCAAAACAGUGUCAGGUUGUUGAGCAGUGUGCAAAAUCAGUCUGGAAGGUAAAUGAAGUGUCCCCAGAACCUGUGAAGUUGACCCUCUACAUGGAAUCUCUUUGUCCAGAUUGUAAGAACUUCAUCAAAGAGCAGUUGUUCCCUGUCUGGGCCCAGUUGAGCAACAUCAUCGAUUUAGAACUUGUACCAUAUGGCAAUGCUAUGGAAAGAAAGAAGGGAGAUAUGUGGGAGUUUGAUUGUCAGCACGGGAAAGAGGAAUGUAUUGGAAAUCUUAUUGAGACAUGUGCCAUCCACAUCUCAAACAAUGUCACAAGAUGGUUUCCAUUUAUACACUGUAUAGAAAUUGCAGAAGAUCUACCUAAAGCAUCUGCAAUACGUUGUGCUCAGAUGUAUAAGAUAGACUACUCAGCUGUGCAGAAAUGUAUGGCAAGUGACAAAGGUAACCUACUUGAACACCAGAUGGCUCUGAAGACCAAUGCUUUAAGCCCACCUCACAAAUAUGUCCCCUGGGUCACACUGAAUGGGGUUCAUACUGAAUCCAUGGAAAAGGAGGCUGAAUCUAAUCUACUGAAACUUGUGUGUGAUACAUAUAAGGGUCCAACGCCUAAAGCUUGCAGUCAGCUCGAAGACCUGGAGUCAUUGAGCAGGUGUUAUAGAGACUAGAGAAAUGCAAUUUACAUCAAUAUGUGCCACUUUAAUGCAUUGAACAAUAAUAUUUGGUGCUUGUGAACACUGUGUGCUCGACGAGAAUGAGUUUUAUCAAUAUAAUUCUUGAUUCUGCAAUUUUUGUGAUUUAUUUUGUAUUGAUUUCCAUAGUAUCAAUUUAUGAUCAGAUCAGACUGGUUACAGGUUAGACAAGUAUGGGAUUAAUUAAUUUGGCUCCCGUUUUAAUUUGACGGAUUGGCAUAUUCAGAAAAUCCACAAAAUUAAAAAUCAGUCAAAUUCCAGUUUGGAAUUUUUGUCCAAUCCACUUCAGAAAUUAAGCUCCAGGGGCCCCUUUUCCUGUCAACAUGUCAUCAA